UCAGUGAUCUUCAGAGCGGAGAAGUCGGAGCUCUAGGAUGAUGCGGUAAUUACUAGAUGGGAUACAGUUGGUCAAUUUGACUUAAAACGUUUUGUUGUUGCAUUUAGCCAACCCUAACCCUUUCCUAACCUUAACCUAAUGAUCAUAACCUGAUAGGUUAAUUAUACUAACCUGCUGCUUAGGUUCUCCAAACCUGCUAUGAAAAGUCAAUUUUGAGAAAAGCUGUAUCCCUUAUAGACAAAACCGGUUGAUGCUUGAGUUUACGACUUCAAAUUCCGAGUUGGAUGACCGUUCAAAACUAUUUUCCCAGUUGGAGUUAAUUUUUUUUCAUAGUUCCAGUUGUUUUGAACGCACUGAAGUCGGAGAUUUCCUGGGUCCGAAUUCCGGGAUGUCUUGAACAAACCAAGUAGCCUAGCCUAUUCCGAUCUGACGUUUGAGUUGGGAGUACGACACCGCUCCGAGUUGAAACUGGCAGACCAAACUUCAUGAACAGGUAGAGUAAAGUGAGAGGGAGAAAGAAGAGCUGGUCAUGGAGAUAGAGCAACUGAAAGAGCAACAUGAGACUCUGAGAAGUGUCCUGAAGGAGCAACAGCAAGAGAUUGAUCGCCUCAAGUCUCUGACCACUAUUCCUGAGAAAUAUGAACGAGCGUUGAUCAAGAUCCAACAGCUGAAGAAGGAGCAAGAGGAGUUGAAAGGAAAAGUUGAAGUCCAAAGUGUGGAGAUUGCACAGAUGACCCCAAGGCUCAAAUCUGAGCAGGAGACCCGCAGACUGAAGGAUUACAUUCAGCUUCUACAGGAGGCUCGGACACAGUUGCACCAGGAGCAACAGGCUUCCGACAAUACCCGCAGACGUGCAGAGAAAGCCGAGAGGGAACUGGAGGAGGUCUAUGAGCGCAUGGAGAGCACUUCCAUGACGUCUGCUCAGACCAGGCAGAAGAGCAGCAAACUAGAGAUGCAACUUUUAGAAUUACGCAGAAUCAUUGAGGAGAAAGAAAACAUAGCAGAGAUGGCUAAAGUAGAAAAUGAGGAGUUGUCCAGAGAAAAUCAGGACCUCAGAAGAGAUAUUGAGAGACUUCGCAAGGAGUUCACUGACCUCCAGGCUGCUUCAGUGUCCAUGGAGCAUCCCAGCCCUUAUGGCUCUCCAACUGACCCCACCCCCACUGAGGAGCAGCAGCUAGAUGUACUGUCUGCCUGUCUCCCCUCUGGGAACCACUAUGAGACCCAAGACACUGCUCCAAACUCUGAGGAGGAAGAGUUGUCCUUGCAGUGUCGUCACUGCCAUGAGUGGUUCCCUGGCAUCACCCAGGAUGAGCUGGAGCUGCACGAGGACAGCCACAGACUGUGCCCCUACUGCAACCUCAUCUGUGACGGAGUGGAGCAGACUAUAUUUGAAGACCACGUCUUCAGCCAUGAGGAGUUCACUGACCUCCAGGCUGCUUCAGUGUCCAUGGAGCAUCCCAGCCCUUAUGGCUCUCCAACUGACCCCACCCCCACUGAGGAGCAGCAGCUAGAUGUACUAUCUGCCUGUCUCCCCUCUGGGAACCACUAUGAGACCUCAGAAACUGCUCCAAACUCCGAGAAGGAAGAGUUGUCCUUGCAGUGUCGUCACUGCCAUGAGUGGUUCCCUGGCAUCACCCAGGAUGAGCUGGAGCUGCACGAGGACAGCCACAGACUGUGCCCCUUCUGCACCCUCAUCUGUGACGGAGUGGAGCAGACUAUAUUUGAAGACCACGUCUUCAGCCAUGAGGUGUAGAGAUGCCAAAUCCUCACAACCCAUCAUACAGAGAGUUGCUGAGAGUAGACUAAAUCUGAUACUCUUCGGAUGAUGUUCCUAACAACCCAUCAUACAGAGUUGCUGAGAGAAGACUAAAUCUGAUACUCUACGGAUGAUGUUCCUAACAACCCAUCUAGAACAUUCUAAAACAAACAUUUAUAUCCCCCUGUUCAUAAAUGUCCUCUUGUCUAAGACUGUCCAUUCUUAAUUUCAGUCUUUGAGUAGAGAUUUGCCUCCAUUGCUGGUCAAUAGGAAUGUUUUGCUUUGCUAUUUAAUGGUUUCUCUAUUGUUAUAAACUACGUUUACUUUGGCAUAUUGCACUACACUGACUCUCUCCCCUUAAACCUGCUGCUAAUAUAUUUACUAUGUGUUGCAUAUUAGAGUCAAAUGAUUCAUGCCCAAAUAAUUCAUGCCCAAAUGAUUCAUGCCCAAAUGAUUAACGGUCAAAUGAUGCCCUCUGAUAAUGCAACAGUUGAAAUGGGAUUAAUGUGGGAAGUAAAAAAAAUAUUAUUAUAUUCACAGUUGUCUUGACAUGAAAAUAAACAUUGUUUUGUAUCAUGAACUACAAUAUUCAAAGAAUGAAUAUGCUAUUUAAAUAGGUUGUUGAAUAUAAUGAAUAAUACAACAACAAAAAAUCCAUGAAUGACAACUGCCACAGAACAUAACAUUUGUAACCUAGUUUUUAUCUCCACAAUCACUGAUGGGAAGCAAUAUCAUGUUUAUCUACCCUUCAAGUUAUAAUACACAGCCACUACAAUUCAGGACAUUCCCAACAGGCACACAUUGUUU